CAACGGCAGAAAAAAAAAAUGAUAACUAAAAUCUCUCUAAAUUUUUGACGUUAAAUUUUUGUACAAAAAUAUCUCGGCCCUUCAAAAUUUUGCAUUCGGUUCUUGGAGGAAUGCAGUGGAAAUCGACUUCACGUUUGGUGAAAUUUCCUGCACUGAGACGAUGCUUUGCGUCAGGUCGUGUGCCUACAUUCCCGGAUCCGCCUUGCAUAGAAAUCGAUAAAAAAUGUCAUUUCGUUAAAUCAAAUACUUGCGAACAGGCACGUCAUAAAUUGACACGAGUGCUACCCGCCGACAGGUAUUUGGACCAAAUGCAACGCGAAGGACCAGGCAAGUGCUGUGUCUAUCGGCCAACCCACAGACUUCCUUGCCCCGAUAAAUACAGACCGCGGGAGAAAGAGAAGCCUCCAAAGCCACCAUUUCGUUCCAUGUGGCAACCACCUUGCCAUCCGCACGAGCAGCCGCAUUGCACGGAUCUCCUGCCGCGUUUCGACGACAUCUACUACAAACCAUCGGAGAAGUGUCGAUGCUAUCAACGCACUUGGAUUGAAUGCCCCAACAUAAGGUUGAGAAUGAAGAAGGUCUGCUGUUUGGAUGGCAUUGAGCCACCCGAGGUUCUUUAUCGCUACAAAGCACGCUGUCCAAAGGUGGCCUGCGAAUUGGAUUACGAACGAAUGCGGCGCAUUUGCCAACACAUUCGAGAUCCUGAAUGUCGCUGUGAGAAAACACAUUGGCCGUGUUGCAAAGCUGCCCGCUGUCCACCGCGUUGCGUUCAAACUAAACAUCCAAGCAAUUGCCGCAAACUACGUGCCCCCCAUCCAUCCUUCUCUGAGAUAAAGAAACGUUGGGAACGACCUAAGCGGCUUAAGGAAUGUCAUUGCAGACAGCACAUAUCUCAGUGCGAAGCUAUUGCCUACAAACGUCGUCGAGAAUUGAUGGGAUUGAAGAUCUAGAGGCAUUCACAUAUGAUGAUACGAGAGUUGCAGAAUGGGCAACGGAGCCAGGUUCAAGAACUACUGAACCUGACCCCGUUUUGUCCACUCUGUUACUCACAUAUCACCAAAAGUCCAAAUAAUUAUGCCGAUAUUAGAAAAUAAAUUAAAAUGUGUGACAAAUACUAAAA